GUGACAAGAUGGCCGCCGAGAGGAUGGAACUGGAUUUCGGGGACCGCAAAUUGUUCGAGGAGUUUGAGGAUUCAAAACCUUCGCACGUUCGCUUUAACAGUUUCGAAGAUGUGGACGAGGUGGAGGGUAUGCGGAAGAAGCUGCAGGAAUGCGAGGAGAGCGUGGGCUACCUGAAGGCGGAGAAUCAGGAACUUAAGAGGAAGUUGAACCUGCUAACCCACCCAAGUAAAAUAGUUGUGAGCGACUCCAAAACAGAUGGCCCAAUGGUUCAGAUCUUAUUUAUGAAUAAUAAUAUUUCAAAGCAGUUUCAUCAAGAAAUUGAAGACUUCAUCACUGGCUUGGUAGAAAAGUAUGAGAAAGAAAUUCAAAGUGACCCUGAAAGGACAUCGUUUAAUGUGAAACCCCAGCCAUCAAGUGUGCUGCUAGAAGAACAACUGAAGGUGAAAAGUUUAAAUGCAGGAAAGAAAACAAAAGAGGCAUUUCAUGUUGUGGGAAGUGUUCAGUACUUCACCAGCUUUUGCCUGGAUAAACUUGGACAGCCGUUGUUAAAUGAGAAUCCACAGCUGACAAAUGGAUGGGAAGUACCCAAAUAUCAGCAAGUUUUUGCUCAAGUUGUAUCCUUGGAUGGACAAGAAGUGGAACUAAAAGCUAAGAGGCCAAAACCUUGUUGUUUCAACUGUGGUUCAACAGAACAUCAGUUAAAAGAUUGUCCAAAGCCACGUGAUCUUGCUCGUAUUAGUGAGAAAAGAAAAGAAUUCAAUGCAAUGGCCAGUGAUUCACCUCAUUCGGGAUCUCAACAGCGGUAUCAUGCAGAGAGGUUUGAAAAGUUCAAACCAGGUGUUAUCAGUGUAGAACUUAAAGAAGCUCUUGGGAUGACCGAUGAAGAUCUCCCACCAUUUAUCUAUCGGAUGCGCCAGUUGGGUUAUCCACCAGGGUGGCUACUAGAGACUCAGCAAGAGAAUUCUGGUCUUGCUCUAUAUGAUGGAAGAGAUUCAAGCGAUGGUGAAAUGGAGCAUGACAAACAACAUCCAAAAGCUUGUUUUCCAUCCUAUGACACAAGUAAACUAAUAGAUUAUGCAGGAUUCAAUGCUGUCAUUCCAAAAGGGAUUCAGGAUGAAUGGAGACAAUAUGGUUCAAUUCCAAUGCAAACUCAUCAUCUUAAGGAACACUUUGCACAUCAUUUGAAUGCUAAUUAUUUCACAACUAGACAAAGUUCAAACAAAAGGGGUUCAGAUGCUGACUCAAACCUUGAUAGUGUAAAGAAGCGCAAGUCUGAAAAAAUAGAUGCCUAUACUUAUGACAUGGAUAUAGAUUCAGAUUCAGAACCUUCAAAGCCAUUAUGUCAUAUUCCACCCAUGCCUCCUGGUUGCCCAGUAAAUUUGUCGUCUCCUCCUCCUCUGCCCAAAGGAACACCCCCUUCUACACCACCUACAUUUGUCCCACCUGCACCACCUACUCCAACCCGUCCCCCACUUCCAAAGGACACCCCUCCCUCUACUCCUUCAACUUGUUCUCCAGCAGGACAUUCACUACAAGAUGGGAAUACCCAGUUAGUAACUCCCCAAAUUGUGGAUAAAACUUUGGAUGAAGAUAUCUUAUCAUUGGAAGAGCUGGAAGAACAGCAGCGUUUGAUCUGGGCUGCACUGGCACAGACUGAAGGUACUGUUAGUGAGACGGAAGGUCCUUGUGAUUCUCCUUUGACCAAGAGUUCUACCAAUUCCUCACCAACAAUAAUUCAGCCAGACAACUGCAUGGAAAUUGAGUCUAAUGAUAAAAUGGGCUCAGUUGAAUAUAAUUUUGGGAGUCCAACUGCUGAAGCAUCUUCUGCACCUGAAACUUCUGCAGAAUCUAUCAAAAGGAACACAGUAUGUUUAGAGAAAACAGAUGAGGGCAGCACCAGUGCUGAUCUUCCAGAAAUGCAGGAGAGUAGAAUUUCUGCAGUGCCCGACAUGAGUAAAUUUGCUACUGGAAUCACACCCUUUGAAUAUGACAAUCUUUCUGAGGCAACCGGAACUUACCUCAAACUCAGGAACUUGUUGAAGAAUUCUCCAAGAAACAAACUGAAAAAGAAAUGAAUAUUUAUAAAGGUUCUGAAAUUUUCAGUCCAAGGCUUCCUUGUCAUGAUGUCACCAUUUACCACGAUGGAGCUUUUUUCCCCACUCGGACCUCACUUCAACAUUUUGCAGCAGAGCAGAUGUUUUAGUGAACGUGUCAAAAAUAUGGAUGUCAGUGCUCUUUUAAUAUUUAAGGUUGGUAAAGGGUGAAAAAGUGUCUGGUGUUGAAGAAAGAGGCUUUUCUGUGUAAUAUUCAUUUUCAAAGAGGCACUGUUGAAAUUUGUCCUUUAGGCAUGGUCUCAGAAUUUCUCUUAUGUGGAAUUAAGUGUACAGUGAAUUUUUAGUCAUUUCUUGUACAUCAUUUUUGUUUAUAUAACACAUGUUUUUGAUAUUACCAAUGUAAUUUUAUAUAUUACUGCCAGGGAUUUUAGUGUACAGUAUUUUAAUUCCUAAUAACUGAAUAUUGAAAUUGUCAGGGAUUACUAGGGCUGUUUUCAGGUAUUUUAUGAAUAUCCACAUAUGCUUUAGUUUUUUAAAGCUGCUUCAACCUUUAUAAUGCCAUUCUUUGCAAGGAGUACACAGCCUUGGAUUACAGGAAUGUGAUGAACAAUUCUACUAUGACAUGUUUUAGUAUUUUGUGACUGCAUUAAAUGGCAUUGAAAUUUGCAGG